AUGAGCAACGAGGGCUUUGAGUUGUAUAAGAUGGAUUUGGACGAGUACAAAACAGAAAUGAUGGUCUACGGGGAGAUAGCCCUGCCUAGAGCCAAGGCAAGGGAGCUAUUUCUGACCACAGUCUCGUCUCACCUACAGACAUGCUACUGCUCACCGCAGCAGGGAAUUUCCCAGUGCCCACCGGCGGAGACAUGGGAGGACUGGAUCAGCCAAUGGGAGAUGGUUACGGCCAAGGCCGCUGCAUAUGAGGUGCCAGAGGUUCUGCAACCUGCCCUCUGGGUGUCGGACCUCAAGGACUUGUUCCAAGGGGACCUGGCCUUUGUGUCACAGUGUGUCGAUGACGCAUAUAAGGACCAAAUCCUAGAUGGGACGCUUCGUUACAGCGCGGUGGCCGGUUUCCUGCGAUCGGCAUUGCGCUGGAGAAAUGAGCCGCCUCAACUCGCCAGGCUUGGGUCAGUCCGGGUACAGUUAAGCAGCUCGAGCAGUUCGGACACAAGCGAGGCCGAGGAUUAG